AUGCAGUGGCGAAAACACGUGCGCAUCAAGUACGGUGGUCGAGUCGGUGUCGGUCAAGGGCAGCGGGAGCGGGAGCAGGUGCAGCUGCAGGUGCGCGUGGUGCAGCUGCAGCGGGAAGGGGGCGCACGACUCAGCUACGUCUGUCAUCAGCCUCAACUCUCGUCAACGGCUCGCCGCAGCUGCAGCGCAGCAGCCAUGCUCUGCUGCGGCCGCAGAAAAGAGGGCCGGGGAGAAGUGACAGACAUAAGCGCAAGUCCUGGGAGGCAAGCACCUGCCAACCAGUUGCGCCCCAAGGAACCACCCCCCAUGGUCAUACAAGGAGACUUCAGAAAGGUGAGCGGGAUCAGCACAGAGAUCUUCAAGCAAAUCGAGACCGUCGAGAACGAUCAUGACGCCUCGACAGCAGCGGCCCUCGAGGCUGUCGAACGAAGGGGUGAAAUGGUCGUGCGUGUCAUCGAGCCACCACAAAUGGGCAGGCAGGCAUCUGCGGCGGCGAAAAAAUUCAUUGCCAUGCAGGACCCAAAGCACCCUAUCCACUUUGUCGAGAUAAUCAAAAGGCCGGGACAAACGCUCGGGCUCUAUAUACGGGAGGGUAACGGGGUCGACAGGAACGACGGUGUCUUCAUCUCGAGGAUAGCCCUGGAGACCGCCGUCUACAACAGCGGCUGCCUGAAGGUAGGGGAUGAGAUCCUCGCGGUGAACCUGGUCGAUGUGACGCACAUGAGUCUCGAUGACGUGGUGAUCAUCAUGUCGAUACCCAGGAGGCUAGUCCUCGCGACGAGACACGGCCAGCAUCAGCCGAUCUCGCAUAGUCGUCAGACCGAGCACAAGGCACCGCCUGUGGUCGUUAUCAAAAGAGAUCUGAACGAGGAUGAGAACGAUCAUUCGACGAGCAAUCACAUCAGAGACGGUAAUCGUAGACGUGGCGACGGUCGCGAAAUGCUGCCAUCCAGGUCGCGAUUGGGUCUGACAGGUCUAGGAUCCAGUCAGGAUCUUGGAUCCAGCAACGGUGAUCUGUACUACAAUUCCAGACCGGAAGGACAUUGGUCCUACCAACCUCCGCCACCGCCAGUCAUCACGCAUCAGCCUAAACCCUCUGCGACGCAACAUUUCCAGCCGUACGAGCGUGGAUACCCGAAAACAUUGGAGAGUUUGGCUGAAAAAGUACACUCGUUUUACACGGGGCCGGUAAUGCCCUCGAACGGCGGCCGUCGGAUGUCCACGGGUGCAGGGAUGCAAUCGGUUGGAAGUAGAUUGUCUGGUCAAACACAAUCCUCCCAUUACGGGUACGGUCAGCAUACGGGAAGUGGACGAAUCAUGCCCAGAAGUGGCUCGGAUCAACAUCUGCCCCGUGUCGAUUACACGAGCAUAACCACUCCAGCUCGGCACACUCUUCUCAGAUCCAGUCUGAAGUCAGGUACAUCAGGGUUGAGAUACAACACGAGAUACGCUACACAAACGGACUCAUCGACCACGCAACGACAGGGCCAAUUUGGCACCCUGACGAGGAGACAUCGACCCUCGUUGGACUAUGCGUCUGACACCGAGGCGACCUGUUCCAGCUCGCCGAAAUCGGCGUACUAUUAUUACAGGCACAACAUGAACAAUCCAACGCAAAGCAGCGCUGUCUCCCACCUGGCGACACUCUCCAGGUCGCAGAUUGGUCAGAGUUCCUCCGGCUUGAGAUCCAACUCGUUGCCCCGCAGUGGCAGAACGUUGCCUCAACAACCCGGUCUCAGGACUGGACUUAGCACAGUAGCAUCCGGAUUGAUCGAUCAGGAGGACAGCGACGGGGCACUGUCGGCGCCUGAAUUGCCUUCCAUUCGACGUGACAGAGGGAGAAUACCAUUGUCGCCUAGUGUGUUCACAUCGGACGAAUACAAAGCAUGGUUGAGUCGAACACCCAGCACAAGCGCCUUAUAUGAACAAAUCAGGGCGACCACUACCAGGCCGCCACGUUAUACCUACAGCGCGGAGAAUAUUCACGCGGCUGCGAAUCAAGGUGAAUAUGGCAGCUACGGUGGCUAUAGACCGCUCUCGAGCACAUUGGACCGCCUCUCAACGAGGUCAGCCUCGGCGCAACAGGUGAACCUGGCCAAUUUGAGAGCAUCGACGGCGAUCAGCUCCACGUGCCACCGCGGAACGAUAAACCCAAGACCGGCCUCUGUGGCAUCAAGCGCCCGUACAUCGUUGACGAGUCAGAAACCGUCUCUGAGCAGCUCGACCGCUCAGAGGGCGACAUCGGUCAGGAGGAUCCGAAACCUGUUGGACCUAGAGUCAACGAGAAGUAUACCGACUCCCACGCCUACCAGAACUCAGGAUCAAAGACUGCUAGAUAUUAACCCUGCAGAGUUCCUCAAAUAUAAAAUAGAGAAGCCGCCCACUGUAGGGACUCCGAGCUCGACCAGUUCCCUCCUGAGUUCGCUCGGGGAGACCAGCGGCGGCAGCGGCGAUUUGGCCGGUGGUGUCAGCGGAUUGCUCUGGGUCUAUCUCCUGGCUGGACGUGGACUUCGGUCGACGACGUCCUCGUCAGCAGCCACCACACCCUCCACGCCAUCAGGUCAGCCUAACUUAGCUAGCUGUGGGUUGAGAGACCUGUACUGCGUGCUGGAGUGCGACAGGGUGCACAAAGCCAGAACAGUGGUACGUACCGGUGACCUGAUGUUCGACUGGGACGAGACCUUCGAGCUGGAUCUCGUUGGUAACCGGCAGUUGGACCUGCUUGUCUAUUCCUGGGACCCGCAGUACAGGCAUAAACUUUGCUACAAGGGAUCCGUACACCUGGCCACUCUUCUGAAGGAGUCGCCUGUCCACCAACUGGCUGUCAAAGUCGAACCACGUGGCACAAUCUACUUAAAACUACGGUAUACCGAUGCUCAACAAACCUUCAGGAGGAGAGGACUUCCGGUGAUAUCUCUGGCCACCAGAGUUGCACCUCUUUUCGGAGUUGAUCUCGACACUGUGGUGAGUCGAGAAAGCAAGACAGGUGGAGUUCCUGGAGGAGUUUCCACUGCCCUGGCGAUGGGUGUGCCAAACGUUCCCAUAAUCGUCUGGCGUUGCGUCGAGGAGGUAGAGAGAAGGGGUCUAGACAUCAUUGGUUUGUACAGACUAUGUGGGUCAGCAACGAAGAAGAGGAUAUUGAGGGAAGCCUUCGAGAGAAAUGCCCGUUCGGUGAACCUGUCGCCUGACAAUGUGCCCGACAUCAAUGUCAUAACAGGUGUACUGAAGGAUUACCUACGAGAACUUCCAGAACCACUCUUCACGAAGUGCCUCUACCAAAUGAUGGUCGAUGCGCUGGCCGUCUGUCUACCGGAUGAUCCGCAGGGCAACGCUAAACUAAUGUUCAGCAUACUCGAUUGUCUACCAGAAGUAAACAAGUGUACGCUAAUUUACCUGUUGGACCACUUGGCAAUGGUAGUGUCACAGUGCAACAAAAUGUCCCCGGCCAGCCUGGCGGUCUGUUUCGGCCCUGUUCUCAUGCUACACUCGGAGGAGACUGGACCACCGUUAGAUUUCCAACAGCCGAUCGCGGUGCUCAAAUACCUUCUGGAGAUAUGGCCGGUUAAGUCAGUUCGGAAGAUUUCUUCAGUCGCUUCAGCGCUACCUCGAGUUACGCAACCAGUCGAGCACAACAACACUCAACAACAAAUGCAUCAGCAGCAGCAACAGGUACAUCAACAGGUGCAGCACCAGCUGCAGGGAACAUUGGGACGCACAGGGCUGCCCUGGCAGCAGCAACACUCACUUCAUCAACAGCCCCCAACUACAACGCCCGGAGCCCUCGCGGCCUCCACUCGUCCGCCUCCGCCGGUCAAACCUCGACAGGUGAUAGUCUCGUCACCCGGUUCACCUAGCAGUGAGGAGUCGGAAGCCUCGCCAGAGCCAAUUAACAAGAGCCUUCUGGGUGGCCUGGGACUCGAGAAGAGCAACGACGGUGCCACGGCGGACACGACCGGUCCUGGAACAGAGCAGAUCACACCGACCAGCAGCGUUGACACGGAGGAGGGUAACACACCGCAUCUGGAAGAGGGCGAGAGAGGCGUCGAGGGUGACGCCGAGGCCAGCGACGACGAUCGACACCAGCAUGUAUCAAAAACGCAUUGA